ACAUGGAGGCACUCAGGAUGCACCGUGUAAGGACAGGGCCGAGGUGCCAAACCUCGGACUGCUACAGUAAUUUCUUUAUGACCGAAGUGAAAAAUGAAUCUGAAGCUUCCCGCUCAAAUAGCUGCAUGAUAAUGACAGUAAGCAUGUCCACACCUGAUUCCUUAUGAUGAGCGAUACAGCAGGAACGAUGGCAUGGGGAGUCUUGAUGAAACCAAUGAUUGUACGGGAUUGAUGACAGGGAAAACAUAUGGAGUGAUUCAAAUGAACUAAUUUUCAUUGAGUUAAUGAUUGAGGAGGUGAAGGAAGGAAAUCGAAUAGCUGGUAACUUCUCCAGACUUGGAUGGAGGAAUAUUGUACAAGGACUCAAAGAAAAAAUUGGCAGAGAUUACACUGAUCCUCAAUUGAAAAAGAAGUACCAAAGCUUGAGAAAAAGACACAGGAAGCUCACACUCACAGUCUUAAUUCAAGAGAUUGGGAUUGAUUACAAUUCUUGUACAGGUGACGUUAAUGCUAGUGAAGAUGUCUGGGAAACUCUACGAAGGGGGCACUCAUUGGCGACUGAGUUUUGGAAGCAAAGAAUAUAAAGGAGAAAAGAUGCAAAUAAAUGCAAAUAACGAUA